AUGGAGAUUUAUGGAAUUGCUCCUGAUUGGGUGGCUCGCUGCAAAGAAUGGUAUGCCAAGGCUGCCUUUGGUGUUAUUGUCAUGAAGAAAACCAUCCCGGGACAUGUCUUCAAUUCCUUUUUGAGAAUCAAUCUGGUCCAUGGAGACAAACUAGUCCGAAAUGGUAUUUGCAGCCCGGAAGAUGUGAACCAGGCAAUGCGUUCGUUGGGACGAAGUUUCUAUGCGGGACACGGCUUUUUAAUGACACUCAUUUUGAUUGGAGGUGACCGAGGAAUGAAAGGUGGAGAUGAAUUAGUCGAGCGGAUCAAGAAGGAUGCUAUCUUUUUGACCUUGUUUUCUGGAAUGAAGCAAAACACGCCCUUGCCAGACUGUAUCACUCGGUCUGCUGCUCGGCUUUUGGGACGGAUCCUGGAAGGCAUCUUGCCCGACCAAGCAUUGGAAACCAAACAAGUCACAGAGCAAAUUGAGCGUGCCAUCACAGAGGAUGGCAAAAUCCCAAUCCAGCAGGCCUUGCUGGAAAAGAGUAGGCAGAUUUAUGAACUCACCCCUAUGGAAGUUGACAAUGAUCCCUUCGCCAUGACGGCACUUAUGAAGUAG